CCCAGAGCGCGCCCUGCUAUUUGAAUCCCGCUUCCGCCAUUUUCUCUCGCUGCUUUACAGACGCUUCUGGAAGGUGAGAUUCUAACCCGUGGGAGAUAUAGGCUGGGCCCUGCCGCAUAAUCCGCCCGACAUCUCGGCCAUCCCUAUUCGCAAAGCGUCCCGAAGCUCUUGUAGCACUCGCUGGUUAAUCGUGCGGCCGGGCACGGUAGAUUUGAGAGGGAUUCUAGUCGGCUGACAAACAUACCAUGGCAGCCCAAGGAGAACCUCAAGUGCAGUUUAAGCUUGUUCUGGUUGGGGAUGGUGGUACCGGUAAAACAACCUUUGUGAAACGUCACUUGACUGGUGAAUUUGAGAAGAAAUAUGUAGCCACACUUGGUGUUGAAGUUCAUCCCCUGGUUUUCCACACUAACAGAGGGCCAAUCAAGUUUAACGUGUGGGAUACAGCUGGUCAAGAAAAGUUUGGUGGUCUCAGAGAUGGAUAUUAUAUCCAGGCCCAGUGUGCCAUUAUCAUGUUUGAUGUUACAUCAAGAGUCACAUACAAGAAUGUACCAAACUGGCAUAGAGAUCUUGUAAGAGUGUGUGAAAACAUCCCAAUAGUCUUGUGUGGUAAUAAAGUGGACAUAAAGGACAGAAAAGUUAAAGCCAAAUCAAUUGUCUUCCAUAGGAAGAAGAAUCUUCAGUACUAUGAUAUUUCUGCUAAAAGUAACUACAAUUUUGAGAAGCCCUUCCUUUGGCUUGCAAGGAAACUUAUAGGUGACCCCAAUCUUGAGUUUGUAGCCAUGCCAGCCCUUGCCCCACCAGAGGUUGUAAUGGAUCCGGCAUUGGCAGCACAGUAUGAGCAAGAUUUACAGCAUGCUCAGGCCACUGCACUGCCAGAUGAAGAUGAUGAUCUGUGAGGGGAAUGAAGCUGGAGCCCAGCGUCAGAAGUCUAGUUUUAUAGGCAACUGUCCUGUGAUGUGGUGCAGCGUGUUUGCCACUCUAUUAUAUAGCUGAGCAGAACAUGUGCUUAAUCUUUUUGGGAUGCAGAAGGAGAUGAAUGGGCUUCGGAGUGAAUGUGGCAGUUCAGAAAAUAAUUCCUUCAUAUUUUGGACCUGCGUCUUUAGCUGUUUGGGACUGCAAAUAUUCUACCCUCAAGUUUCAAAUCUUAAGUUAAGACUGCUACAGUCACAUCACAAAAUUCAGUGGUGAAUCUUGUUACUGUCAUUCCCAUACCUUUUUCGUUUAGAUCAUAAUAAAGUUAUGUUUCAAAUACCUUAGCAAGUUUUCAUAUGUUACAGAUGCCUUAACAUGUGAUGACAUUUAUAUAUUUUUCUUUUAAAUGUAAGUCUGAGUUCAUAAUUAUUUUCACUUGUGCUCUUCUCUUGCCAGUUAUGCUCCUCCUUUUGUAAUGCCACAUUGCAAUUUGCUGUAGUGAGACCUUCUGUUAGUCUUGCUUUAAAGAAUUGGCUAAACCUUUAAAAUUCCAAGAUAUUAAGGGAUAUAUGUGCUAUUAAUUUGAAUAAAUGUUGUUAUAAAAGGCUGAUUUGUUCUUGUUGGGUAGAAAAAAAACAUUAGAAACCUCAACUUUUCUUGCAUCCACAGUAAAAACAUAUGUUAAUAUCUUGGAAUUUAAAAAAUUAAAUUGCAAAAGUGCCUAGAAUAGCACUCAGCAAUUUUACAGUAAAGGUUUACUUAUCCUUUAAUGACAACCCCCAUCUCCAAAUCAUUGUGUGCACUGACCCACCCUUAUUAAAACAAUUUGCUUUAUACCAGUGACCCUAUUAUAAAACCACAAUAUAAUAAAGAAGAAAAACCUUG